CCUUUUCUGGCUCAGUCGCACACCUGCGCGGUGACUGCCGGAAGCAAUUCCGCAGUGGUUGCCGGGAUCGUGGUGAUGUGGCCCCCCCGUCCCCCUCCCUGUCCCGGGAUGUCGGAAGAAACCCGACUGAGCAAAUUGGCUGCGGCCAAAAAAAAGUUGAGGGAAUACCAGCAGAAGAACAACCUUGGUAUUCCUGCAGGAGUGAAGAAGAAAAGAAAGAUCAAAAAUGCCAGUAACCCAGAAACAACAACUUCUGAUGGCUGCCAUUCUUCUGAGGAUAUUCAGGACAUUCUGAAGGUGCUGGUGUCCGACCUUAACCGCUCCAAUGGGGUAGCGCUCCCCCCAUUGGACAAGUGGCAGACGCCCAAAGACCGCGCCGCUCCUGCCUCACCAACUUUUGAUGACACCGUGUCACCUGGUGGUGUCCCUUCCCCCUGUGCUAGUCCCCCCCGUGUCACUAGCAUGGCAUCAGUUCAGAGUCACGAUGCAGAAAAUGGCCCUUUCCUCGUGGAUGAAAACAAAUGUCUGUCAUCUACCGAGAGCCUGCGACAGCUUUCUCAGCAGCUCAAUGGUCUUAUGUCUGAGUCUUCAUCCUGCAUCAAUGGGGAGGGCCUGGCGUGCUCUGCUAACAUGAAGGAUUUGGAGAGCCGGUACCAAGAGCUCUCACUAGCCCUGGACUCCAGCAAUCUAACAAACAAACAACUCAGUAGCAGGAUAGAGGAAUUGAAACAACAGAACCAGGAAUCUUUGGAUCAAAUGGAAAAAGAGAAGAAGGAGUUUGAGCAGAAGCUUGCAAAGGAACAGGGGUCUCUAAGGGAACAGCUGCAGGUUCACAUUCAAACCAUAGGGAUUCUGGUGUCUGAGAAGAACGAUUUACAGACAGCCCUGACCCAUACCCAGCAGGCAGUCAGGCAGAAAGCAGGAGAGAGUGAAGAUCUUGCUAGUCGCCUGCAGUCUUCCCGCCAGCGCAUUGGAGAACUGGAGCGCACCCUGUCUGCUGUCUCCACGCAGCAGAAACAGGUGGACAGGCACAACAAGGACUUAACCAAAGAGCGAGAUGCCCUGAAGCUGGAGUUAUACAAGAACAACAAAAACAGCGAGGACCUGGAGCAGCAGAACUCGGAGCUGGAAGAGAAGCUUCGCGUGUUGGUGAACGAGAAGGCGGGCAUGCAGCUCAGGGUAGAGGAGCUGCAGAAGAAGCUGGAGAUGUCAGAGCUGCUCCUGCAGCAGUUUUUUAGUCCAUCGGAAACCCCUGACAGCAGCCAGGAAUUACAGCAGGCCCUGCAAGAGCGGGCACAGCUGGAGGCCCGUGUGGGGCAGCUGAGAGAUACAGUAAAGCAGCUGCAGCUGGAGAGAGACCAGUAUGCAGAGAAUCUGAAGGAGGAUAAUGCCGUCUGGCAGCAGAGGAUGAAGCAGAUGUCUGAACAGAUGCAAAAACUGAGGGAGGAGAAGGAGCAUGGCGUGAAUCAGGUGCGAGAGCUGGAGGCCAGCGUGGCCGAACUGAAGAACCAGAUAGUGGUGCCUCCAGCCCCAGAGCCCCCAGCCGGGCCCUCGGAGGAGGAGCAGCGGCUGCAGGCGGAGGCCAAGCAACUACAGAAGGAACUGGAGAUCCUGGCGGGGCAGCUGCAGGCCCAGGUGAAGGACAACGAGGGUCUGAGCCGCCUGAACCAGGAGCAGCAGCAGCGGCUGCUGGAGCUGGAGCGCGCCGCUGAGUGCUGGGGGGAGCAGGUGGAGGAGCGCAAGCGGACUCUAGAGAGCAUGCAGAAUGACCGCGCCACCAUCAGCCGCGCGCUCUCCCAGAACCGCGAGCUCAAGCAGCAGCUGGCUGAGCUGCAGGACGGCUUCGUGCGGCUGUCCAACGAGAACAUGGAGGUCACGACCGCGCUGCAGUCGGAGCAGCGUGUCAAGCAGGAGCUGGCCAAGAAGCUGGGCCAGCUGCAGGAACAGGUGGAGCUGAAGAGCCAGGAGGCCAAGAGCCUGCAGCACAAGCAGAACCAGUACCUGGGCCACAUGCAGCAGUACCUGGUGGCCUACCAGCAGCACGUGGCGGCCUACCAGCAGCUGGCUUUGGACAAGGAGAUGCUGCACAAGCAGAUCGUGCUGCAGACGAAGCUCAUGGACCGCCUGCAGCACGAGGACUUGCAGGUCAAGGCGGCGGCCGAGAAGGCCUGCCAAGAGUUAGAGGAGACCCAGGGACGCCUGGAAGCUGCCACCCAGCAGAACCAGCAGCUCCAGGCCCAGCUGAGCCUCAUGGCUGUGCCUGGGGAAGGAGACGAGCUGGACAGUGAGGAGAAGGACGAGGAGGCUGCCCGGCCGAAGCCGAGCAUGCCGGAGGGCCUGGAGAGCCCAGAGGCCAUGGUGGCGUAUUUUAACUCAGCCUUAGCCGGCGCCGAGGAAGAGCGGGCGCGGCUGCGCCAGCAGCUGAAGGAGCAGAAGCUGCGCUGCCGGCGCCUGGCUCGCCUGGCGGCCCCGGGCCCACCCGCGCCGAAGGAGAAGGCCCCGGCCCCCGGGAGCGGGGAUGGCAGCGUGCCUAGGGAGACCCACCAGGCCCUGCAGGUGGCCAUGGACAAGCUGCAGAACCGCUUCACGGAGGUCAUGCAGGAGAAAGCGGAUCUGCAGGAGCGGGUGGAGGAGCUGGAACAUCGCUGCGUCCAGCUUUCUGGAGAGACGGACACUAUUGGAGAGUACAUCGCCCUUUACCAGAGUCAGAGGGCAGUGCUCAAGGAGCGGCACCGGGAGAAGGAAGAGUACAUUAACCGGCUGGCUCAAGACAAGGAGGAAAUGAAGGUCAAACUGCUGGAGCUGCAGGAGCUGGUGCUCCACCUGGUAGAGCACAAGGAAUGGCAGUGCAAGGUCCUGGCCCCUGCCCAGAACCUUGCCGGGGAGCCUGCUGCAGCACCCCCAGCCCAAGAGCUUGGCAAUGCCAAUGGCCAAGGGGAUAUGCAAGUGGUGAGCCUCGCCAACAACGAUGAUGUGGCACCUCCCCAGGGAGAGGCCCUGCGGGGCCCAAGUGCCCCCGAGAACCCCACCAAACAGCAGGUCAUACGGCUGCUGCAUGAGAUCCAGAACACCCAGGAAUGCCCAGGCUUGGGCAACAACCCCUACAUCCCCUUCUUCUACCGGGCUGAUGACAACAACGAGGUGAAGAUCAUGGUGAUCUAAGAGCCCGUCACCAACAAGCAAAAGCUGAAGAAAUGGGGCCGGGGGCUCUGCCCCACCCUGUCCCUGCCACCCUCUCAUUCCUUCCCAGUCACCCUUUUAUCCCUACACUAGCAAGAUAGGACCCCUAAAGGGGUAUGAUAAGCCCCCUAAUGGGGGGAGACAAAUAGGUACAGACCCCCUUGCCACCUUGGCCAGCGCUGUACCUUUAUAUCUGGACUAUUCAUGGUUCCAGAAAAACAAAGAGCCAGAGGCUCAAUAAAUAUAUAGUUUAUUUAGGAGGCUCCCUCUCUUGGGGAGCAGGGGCUCCCUGGUGACCUCCUCACCCCCACCAAGCAGUCCUUCAUUCAGAGGGGCUUACGCAUCCUCUAUUCAGAGGCACUUUGGGGCACAAGUGCCCCCCCUGUCCGGCGAGACGACUGGGCAGCACUCUCCCAGGCCUCUCUGAGGCCAGGCAAAGGCAUAAGCUGGUGGCGGGGUGGGCUCUCUCCUCAGUGUAUAUACUGUAUUCGUGUAACAUUUUGUAUAUUCUGGGGAUCGGGCAGCCCCCUGUAUCAUAGCAGAGGUUGGAGCUGGCAAAUGGGGAGGAAGUUCUAUUAAAUAUCUGGAGAACGGGGAAACUUAUUUAUUGAUAGCAUAGGACAGAGGAAGACAGAAGAAGGAGGCGGGGAUGGGGUUCUCCCCAGGUGAUUCGACUCCUGUUUGCUUUUUAUUUCGUAAUAAAUGGAUUUAGCCAUA